CCGAGACCGAGCUGGCGAGCAGCGGCCGGUGCUGCUUCUGCGGCAGGCGCGGCGCGGCCAGACGAUAGAAACCCGUCCCGUUUCAAACCGACCAGACUACGCACGCCUACGCGGCCACGUCCCCACCAAAAAGGCGAGCCAUGGCGACCACGAGCUCCGCGGCGGCAGUUGCGCUCGUUUCCCUCCCCUUCCCCGCCUCGACCUCCUCCUCUUCCCGCGUCUCCGCUCUAAGCCACCGCAAUCCUAGUCCUAGGCCCUUCAGGGCCUCCCCAAUCAGAUGCUCCAGCGCGUCGCCGAACGUGUCCCCGGCCGCGCCGGCGCCGGCGCCGGCGAAGCCCCAAAUCGAGCUCGAGUUCGUCGGGCCGAAGCCAGGUGCGGACGGCUCCUACCCGGUGGACCGGGUGGCGGCGGCGAGCGGCGAGAAGCUCCUCCGGGACGUCAUGAGCGAGAACAAGAUCGAGCUGUACGCGCCAUACGGUAAGGUGAUGAACUGCGGUGGCGGAGGCAGCUGCGGCACUUGCAUCGUCGAGAUAAUUGACGGAAAGGAGCUCCUGAAUGAAAGGACAAACACCGAGAAUCGUUACCUGAAGAAGAAACCGGAGUCAUGGAGGCUAGCUUGUCAGACUAUUGUAGGAAACAAAGAAAAUUCCGGCAAGGUUGUCGUCCAACGGCUGCCCCAGUGGAAGAAAUGAUUGUGCUCCGACUGCCUGCUAUGCACUGCUCAGCAGACAAGUACAGCCUCAUCUGAUACGGAGUAGUUUGCAAGUUUGGGCCUCAGCCCACACAAUUUAGCUGUAACAUGUGUUUGCCUGGUUUCACAUGUACAUGUUAUUCCCUAGACUUAUCCAAUCAGAAAGAUAAAGACACCACGACAUUACAGCCUUCAAUGUGUGGAAUUCUUUUCUGCUUUCUCGUUGUC